AGUUAAGAAACGUUUCUUACAAAAUGAACACCUACUUACAACAAUGUCGACGUGUUAUGAAAAAUGCAGUAAGCAAAAUCGCAGUCAUUGGUAACGAAAGUUGCGAUUUAGAUUCGGCAGUGAGUGCGAUUGCUUUCGCAUUCCACCUACAACAUGUGCCAUCAUUAUUAGGCGAAUGGUACAAACAAGAUAGUACCACAGUGUUUCCGGUACUGAAUGUGGCCCGUGCCGAGUUGCCGUUAAAAACGGAAGUAACGUACUUCAUCAAGCGGCACGGAAUUAUGCUAGAGGAUUUGAUUUGCCGUGAUGAGAUCGAUUGGAACAGUGAACAUACAGCGCUAAACAUUAUUCUCGUAGAUCAUCACGUCACAAAACUGCAGAAAACCAUUAUCGGUAUCGUCGAUCAUCGGCCGAUCGAAUCGAAUGCCCGUUUCAAUCCAAGCGCUUUCAAGACGAUCGAACUCGUUGGAUCAUGUGCAACUUUAGUAGGGCGUGAAAUUUUCAACCAAGCUACAGCAACGAUACAAGAAUUACCGGAAGGGUAUGGCGUAGCUUUAGAACUGCUCUAUGGGGCCAUCGUGUUGGACACGGUUAACUUUUCCAAACAGGCCGACAAAGCUAAACCACUCGACUACGAAGUUGCGGCAAAAAUUGAGGCACAUAUCAACGUUCCGGAAGAAAAUCGUCCAGCGCACAGAGAACAACUUUUCCAAUCCCUUAUCGCGGCACGUAGCGAUGUGUCCGAACUGAACGCAUAUCAGUUGUUGUUAAAAGAUUUGAAAAUCAUCUCACAAAACGAACGCACCGUAUCGGUACCAGGAUUUCCGAUGGCGGUACAAGAAUACUUAAAACUAUCCGACAGGAUGGACCACCUGCAACGGUUUGCAACCGAAACCGGUAGUAAUGUGGUGAUACUGCUCGGACUUAAUGUACUGCCGGACGGUAGCGUGCGUCGUGAUGUUGGCAUUAUUCCAAUCGAUGAUGAACCACUGGCGGAGAAAAUUGUUACAGCGCUUCAGACAUGCCAGGAGAUGAACUUUGAGCUUGAGGAACUACCAAGUUCGGAUGGGAAAGGCAAAUUUUUUCAACAACAUAAUUUAAAAGCGUCACGAAAACAAUUGAUGCCGAUCGUUAAGAGUGUGCUUAGCGCAAUCAUAGUGUGA